CUUCGCGACUACGACGGGUGACGCGCGUCCACACGCUCCGACUUCAUCCAAAAAAUCGAUCGAAAAACAUUCCGUGCAAACGUUAUCCCCGAAACUAUUCCUAUAUUUCAACCCGUUUCUAUUCCUACCCUCGAAGUAUUGUGUUAUUUACAGUGCGAGUGAUACAUACGUGGUGAUUGUUGUGUGUUUUCUAAACAAUGUCUGCGUGUAUAUAACUACAUAUGUCAUUGAAGGAAACGCGUAGCGAGUUGCAAUAAGCGAAAAUGUGACUGCUGUGCUCGGUUCGUACGUGUUAUCGGUAAAUGUAGUUGGUGAUACAGAAACAUGGCUGUUGUUGAGCACAAAUAGUUGCGUAUGUUGACAAUGCGGGAGUUACUGAGGAUCACGUUCGUGUGUGUGUGCGUUGUCCUGCUGGUGAGGUGCGAUGGCUCCUCUGAGGAUGUGGAUGUCAAAGCGGAGGACCUGGCCGAGAGGAAGGAUGGCAAAAGUCUUUUAGCCGGCACGAAUCGGCGCGCCACCACGGCUAGCAGCGCGAACACGACGCGCGACUCGCAGCUGCUGUCGCUGCUUGCCGCGCGGCGCCGCCAGCUGCUGGCCGGCAGACUGACCACGCACAUCAACACCAUCGCCAACCUGGCGCACAAGCCUCACAAGGGAAAUACAACAUUUGCUCAGUUGGAAAUCCGAGACUCUAACAGCUCUGUUGUGAGGAGGAUCACAUUUGAUAACUCUAGUAACGAAGCGAUUGCACCCACGUUGAAGCUUGUAUCCCGUGAAGGCAACAAAGAAAUACGCCAGGACGUGAAACCGCACGAAAUAAGACAUUUGUUUAUUCCUAGGGUACUGUACCAGGAGAAUAAAAGUAGGGCAGGGUUUUUAAAUAAUAGGAGAAAAGAAUUAGGAAAUAAAACGAUUGUAGCAGAGACGACGACUGAAAGUGCUAUAAUUUAUGUCCCACCUGAAAAGUUAGAAGGGCUCGAUAAAGAAGUCGAAUUAGAUCCUGAAGAAGAGUUUCAGGUUGAUGAAUCUAAUCACGGACUUUACUUGUUAAAUUACUCAGACACUGAUAACAUAACCCAAGGUUCACCCGAUUUAAAUAAAACUACAUCGAGUAACGAAAUCAAAGAAAAUGUUACAUAUCAGUUAGAAACAACAACAGUUGUUUCAGAUGAAAAUGAAAAAACGACUGUCUUGCCAAAUAAACAAGAAAAAGAAGAAAAACCAGAAGUUAACUCUAUAGCAAAUAGCACGGAUAUACAAAAUACCAAAUUAGAAGAAAUAGAUAAUGGAAAUAAGUCAGAUAAUCAAACAUUGUUUAUGUCUGAAGAGAUAUACAAUCAUUUUCGUCCACUAGAAACGGAAUUACCUGACGAGGAUAUGGCUCCGUUUCUAUAUUUUGGCCAAAAACUAGCCGGUCAGGCAAUCACGGACAACUUAACCAAUUCUCCCUCACUUUCGGCAUCAACAAAGUCCGUCAAUUUCAUAGCAGCUCCUCCGGAUAAACGGAAAUUUAAUUCAAGAUAUUCUGCCACUGAAAAAUAUAAAAAUACUAGCGCAGGUGAAGAAGAAAUAAAUGAAGAUAUGGACGUAUCUGUUGUAAAAAAUAUUAUAGAGAAGAAUAAAAUAAGAAACACGGUUAAGGGGCCAGCACCAGCAAGGCACGUAGGAUUAGUAAAUGCUUAUAGAAAAUAUUCAAGUACAACUCAAUCGACGCCAAAGCCUCAAUCUGUUGUACAAUUGAAUGUGACUGAACUAAUAACACAAAAUACUACACUGACUUCGAUAGAUAAAAGUAAGGAUAAUGGUGUAAAUAACACUUCCAUGACUAAAGAAGUUAUGACAAAUACAAAUAUAACCCUUAUACCAGAAGCUUUGACAAAUAAAACUAACGCUGUCGCACAACCAAGAAAUUUUACACGAACAUAUUUUAAUUUACGCCGUCGACCUUCUAGAUUAACUACAUUAUCUAGCACCGAAAACAGUUUACCUGAAAUAGUAAACGCUACAACAGAAAAAGCUUCCACUUCAGUUUACACUGCAGUUGUUACUUCUGUAUCAAUAACAUCGUCUAUAAAAGGUCCAAAUAAGACUGAUGAAUUAAUUAAAGAACCCGAAAAUUCUACAGUUACAGAAUCAUUAGAACAUCUUAAAAAUACUACUGUACCAAAAGUUGUUACGAUAAAUGAAACGGAAACGACAAGUACCACAUCGCCAAUUGUAACUGAAAAUGUACCAAAAAAGCCCUACAGACAUAGGAUCCGGAUAAGAACCACCACAACAGAAGGACCUUUAAAAGCUAAUCCAAGUUCAAAGCCAUUAAUAACUCAAAGAACAUUAGAGUUUCCUAUAACCAGUGACAAAUAUAUAGGAGAUUUAAAGCAAGAGACAACUACUUCAAAAAUAUCUGAAAGACUGGCCAGUUUGUUUAAGCAAAAUGAUAAUGUCAACACUACUAAUGGUUUAACAAUAAGACCAAAAAAUAUAUUGAAAAGACGUAGACCAACAACAACAACAUCAACUACAACUACCACUACUACCACGACCACUUCUGAACCAUUAACUACAACAUCAAUUAAUGAAACUGAAGCCUAUACCACUCCACUUAUUAUUCCAACUACAGUGCCAACUACUCGAGCAGUAGAAACGACAGAAACAUUUAAACCUUUUGUUGUUGUAUCACGGACUUCUUCGCAGUCCAGUUCAAAGCCCCUUAUAUUAACAGUUAACUCUUCCAAAGAUGCUAACAAGACCCUGACUACUAAUCAAACUGAUGGCAGUGAAGAUAGUAAUAAUACUCAAAACGAGGAAGUCGUGAUUGAAGCUGAAAAAACAUACACAACAUCAUACGUAUUGGCAGGACUGGGAUUUUUACCUGUAGUAGCGGUUGUGGCGUUUGUUUUAAGAAACAUAAUGAAUAAAAAGACCAAAGACAUUGAUACCGAAUACGAAGGGUAUUUCGAAGACGGAGGUGACAUCAAGAAGGAAUCGCCGAUAACACCAGUCGCUCGCCCGCCUCUGCCCACUCCUGUUAAGCCUGACCAAAAGUGGGAGUUUCCUCGAAAUAAACUUAGAUUACAAACUUUGUUGGGACAAGGAAAUUUUGGCCAGGUUUGGAAAGCCGAAGCAGAUGACUUGAACGGCCACGAUGGGCUAACGCGUCUGGUUGCAGUGAAGACAAUCAAAGAGUCCGCCUCACAGAAGGAGAAGCAGGAGCUGCUACACGAGAUAUACAUCAUGCAGAAGAUAGGAACCCAUCCGAAUGUGGUCACAAUACUUGCUUGUUGCACUGAACAAGAACCGUAUCUGCUCAUAAUGGAGUACGUGAUGUGUGGCAAGCUGCUGACGUACCUGCGCGAGCGCCGCUCCCGGCCCGACCGCUUCAGCGGCAGCGGCGCGCUCACGUCACGAGACCUCACCGUGUUCGCCUACUGCGUCGCGAGGGGCAUGGACUACAUUGCCUCCAAAGGAAUCGUCCACCGAGACCUGGCCGCGCGGAACGUGCUGGUGGACCACAACAAGCUGUCGAAGAUAGCGGACUUCGGCAUGUCGCGCUGCGCGGGGGCGGGCGGCAAGGGCGGGCGCGGCGCGCUGCCGGUGCGCUGGAUGGCGCCCGAGGCGCUGCUCUACAACGUGUACAGCCACCAGACCGACGUGUGGGCCUUCGGGAUCCUGCUGUGGGAAAUUGUCACGCUCGGUUCAACGCCCUACGCAGCGAUGUCCGGCCGAGAGGUCCUGGCAGCAGUGACGGAGGGCUACCGACUGGAGCGCCCUCCUCACUGCAAGCCGCAGCUGUACCGCGCCAUGCACUCCUGCUGGCACGCCGACCCCACCCAACGACCAACGUUCGCCACCCUCAAGGCUCAACUGGCUGAGCUCCUGGACAAUGAGCCCUCGGAAGGAAACUACGUAGACCUGGACUCGUUUUACCAAGAGUCCUCUGUGUACAGCGAUCCUUCGGCGAUUAUUCAUGAUGAUGACGGCUUGUCGGCGGAGUAUGACCGGGAGAGGCGGUGCUUUAGAGAGUUACAAACGGGUCCACCGAAAUUCGACAACCGGGCAUUCAAUUUGCGGGACGAGGAGCUGCGAAACAAAUUCGGGAUCGGGACGCCGCGGAUGGGCGGCUUCGGGAUCCGGGACGUCCCGUUCAACGAGCGAAACUUCUCCGACGGAGAGUUCAACGAACGAAACUUCCAAGACAAGAACUUCCCGGACAGAAGUUUUCCAGACAAGAAUUUCAACGACACGAACUUUACUGAACGUAAAGACGGCAAGCUUUCCACUUCCAGCUUCCACCGCGAGAGAGAGAGAGAGAACCCGUUGGUCAGUAGGAACAGUUUCAACGGUUUCCCGCGGAUAGGCACGAGGGAAAACCAUUUUCAAAUGACCCCCGACGGAAGGAAUAAGAGAGUCCCAGAAUUUGAGUGUGACAUUUGAGAUAUGCUUUAAUUUAUAAUUGGAACAUAUGUAGCAAUACAAAUUAAGGACACAUGGAAAUAAACUUAUAGUUAAGUUUAGACGCGUGGCAGUGAAAGGAAGAACCUGUUCUUUAUAGAAAUUAAAAAUUAAUGGAUUGAAGGUUUAAAGACCCUUCACACAUGCACAGUACAGCCUUACUUUGGAUGUAUGCGGUUGUGAAAGUCUUGCCUUGACUGGUGGUGAACGGAAAAUAAACGAGAAAAAGAUAUUUAAUGUGACAGUUAGCUUUAAUUAGGAAUUUGGUUUUCCUUAAGUGGUCAUUCUAACAACUUCGGGUGCAUAGUGUUAGUACCAUCAAUUAUAACAAUAUUUUACUACUGAUACAGUAUUUCAAAAGGUUUGUAGUCAUAAGCCUAAAUAGAGCCUAGACCGCAAAACGUAUGCAAAUUAAAAGUUUGUCAUUACACUCUGUUCGUAUUAUUACUGCAAUGUGAAAUACAAUCUGAAAUUCAAUUAAUUGAAUUUGUAAUUGCCUAAUUAUGAUGACAAAAUUUCAAGGACAAGAAUUUUAUUUAUUUAUUAAUGAAUUUAAAUACACAUUGUUAAUGAGUUGUAUUUAAUGUCACAAAUAAUGCAUCGUUACACAUUUUUUGAGUUGUAUUUAAUGUCACAAAUAAUGCAUCGUUACACAUUUUUUUAUUUAGGUAUGUUUUUAAAAAUGUAAAAAUAUAGACUCUAAUGUAAUGGAGUUUAUUUUAUGAUUGGACCCAAACAGCAGUAGCUGUAGUUACACACCCCAAUUGUUCUUUAGCUACUAAUGUUAACAAAUAAAUUUCAAUUAAUUGAAUUUCUUGAUUGCAAUGCGUUAGUUCCAAUUGCGUGAGCUCAUGACAAAAUUAUGCUUUAAGUUUCAAUUUCAAAUUGUUUGAAAUUCUGUAAACUUAGGUCUUGUGUAUUUUGUAAAUAAACAUUAAUUUAUAACAGUAUUUCGUCGCAGUGAUGACAUGUGUCUAACAACUAUACAUAUAAUAUGAUAGGUAUGUUGUAAAUAAUAGUUUUACGCUGCUAGGUUAGGUUUUGUAAAGUAAAAGUUAAAACUUUAAAGAGCACGUCGUUCUGACACAGAGUUUGAAAGAGUUUGUUUAUCAAUAUAUAGUCUAUUUCAUCAAUUUUAUGUUUUUAUAAUCUUUAACAAUAGGUAUAUCAAGUGUAAAGUUUUGUUGUGUGCAAAUAUUUAAAUCGUUACAUAAUAUGAGCGUCCUUAAAAUGCACUUAAAAUAAAAACUUAGGGCCACUGCAAAUAUGUCGAGGCCCAUUGUUACUAUUAAAUUAUUAUUGACCUUGGCGGGGUUGAAAUAAAGUUGAAAAUUAAUUAAUACGUAUGCUCUCGUCGCCUCUUAGAUAUUAGUUGUCGUGUUAAUUAAUUUUCGACUUUAUUUCGACGUGGUAAUAAUAAAAUUCAUUUAAUAGUAAAAAUUGAGCGUUACUGCGCCUCAGCAAAUAUGUAGCGGCUCUACUAAUUGAUAAUGGUAUCUACCUAUAUCCGUGACUAAGGUCUUUAUGAUAUUUCAUAUUACAAUAUUUCAACAAAUUAUCGAGAACAAUAAUGUGUUUAAUCCGUCAUAAUACAUAUUCGCUUUAUUAACCAUUAGUGUUAACCAUUGACUUUUUUUCUUGUUAGAACCACCGAUACGUUGUCGUGUUUAAAAUAGUAGAUAGUAGUUAGCUUGCAGUACAUGUAGGAUGGUGCGGGUGACAGUUCGUUUCACUAUUGAAAGUUUGCCGCGGUUCACGAUAAUAGUAUGUAUUAUGAACGUCAUAUAGGCGACGAUAGCAUAGCACCGUACUCAUGCUAUCUAAAAACACUUUAAUUACUUAAUACAAAAGAUCAUGAAGGUCACAAAUAUCGAAAACUUUGUAUAUUUCUUUUAAAACACAUAAUAUCUUCGUUGCUGUUGUCGCAAAUAUACAGCUAUAGGGCAGUAACGAUGUAAAUAUUUGGAUUUUGUGCGAAUGAGUUUCACCACAUGUAAUAAAAUUUAAAUUAACAUUAAAAUAAUCAAAGAUUUUAUACAUGGUGCUAAAAUACAGUGUUUUUUUAUUUCAGAUAUAUAACUUUAUUGUAAAUAUGGUUUAACAAAUGUUUAAGUAUUAUUAUAUUUUUAUAUUACUAAGAAGCUCUUCCAUUUCAAAAUCUCAGUUCAAUACUACUUUCUAGUCUCUAAAAUGUAUAAUUCUAUUGGAUUGUUACGUGAUCUGAUUAUUGGGUAAGUUUGAAAGAUUUAUUUUAUAUGAAUAAAGUAUUGAGAGAUAUAAAUAUA